UCUGUGGGUCCUGUAUAGGUUCUCUUGGGGGAGGUGAAUGCAGGUCUCAGCACCACCCAGGUGGUGGUCAAGGAGCUGAAGGCCAGUGCCAGUGUCCAGGACCAGAUGCACUUCCUGGAAGAGGCACAGCCAUACCGUGCCCUCCAGAACCCAGCCCUCCUGCAGUGCCUGGCACAGUGCUCAGAGGUCACACCUUAUCUACUGGUCAUGGAGUUCUGUCCUCUGGGCGACCUGAAGAGUUACCUGCGCAGCUGUCGGGCGGCUGACUCCGUGACCCCUGAUCCCCUGACCCUCCAGCGAAUGGCGUGCGAGAUCGCCUCGGGCCUGCUGCACCUGCACAAACACAACUUCAUUCACAGUGACCUGGCCUUAAGGAACUGCCUUCUGACCUCAGAGAGGACAGUAAAGAUAGGAGACUAUGGCCUCUCACACAGCAGAUACAAGGAUGACUACUUUGUGACUCCAGACCAGAUCUGGGUGCCGCUGCGUUGGAUCGCCCCAGAGCUCAUAGACGAGGUGCAUGGUAACCUACUAGUGGUGGACCAGACUAAGGACAGCAACGUCUGGUCUCUGGGAGUGACUAUCUGGGAGUUGUUUGAGUUGGGGAACCAGCCGUACAGACACUACACUGACAGACAGGUCCUGACUUACGCUGUGAAGGAACAGCAGCUCAAACUAACCAGGCCCCGGCUCAAAGUACCCCUGGCUGAGCGCUG